GAUUAAAAGCCAUAAAAGCUAGAAGCUCGAAUAUUCUUUUCUCAAAUGUUACCUUUCUCAUAUGUUUACCCUCGUAUAACCUAAAAUGUGUCAAAUGUUUUGACAGUACACGUGAUACGCAUUAUACGUCGAGAGAUAAAUUUGCGUCGAUUAACUGGAGUUCGACAACGAAACAUGUCUUCAGAAGAGGAGGGCGAUGAAUUGCAAGACUUGGAGGCGAUACGAGAUAAGAUGCUUAGCACACCACGUAGUGAACGUAUGCAAGUGAGCGCCUGGGAAGAUGACGACGAUGGUGUAAUAGCAGAGCGUAAUGCAAAAGAACCUGAUGCGAAGGCUAUGUUGAGUGCUGCUGAGGAGGGAAAUCUAGAAAUUAAGGAAUUAGUGCAAAAGAACAGCCUUUUGUUAGAAUGCACUGAUAAGGAUGGCUAUACUCCACUUCAUAGAGCGUGUUACAGCAAUAAUAUAGAAGUAGUUAAGUAUCUACUAGAAGCGGGAGCAAAAAUAGAUGCUAAAACUCAGGAUGAAUGGCAGCCUUUGCACUCUGCAUGCUGUUGGAAUAACACGGAAUGCGCUGAAACAUUGAUUGCAAAUGGAGCAGAUAUAAAUGCCAAAAGUAAAGGGGAUCAAACACCUUUACAUCUGGUAUGUGCUAGUUCUCAUAACUCCCCUGCUCUUCAGCUUCUUCUAUUACAUGCAGAUAUAAAUCCUUAUAUAGUAAACUCAAGUGGUGAUACUGCAGAUCAAAUUGCAAGAAGGACAACAAAAUAUUAUCCAAUAUUUGAAAUAAUUGAACCUUGCCUUAAUGAAAUUUGAAAUAAAUAGUUAUAUAUUAAGUAAAUACAUUAGAUAAAUAAAAUCAGUUUUAAUGCAUUAAAAACAAACCUAUAUAUAUAUAACAUUUUUGACAUA